AGAGCUGUCUGCAGGCUGGAAGGGAAUGAGAGAAAAUCCCGGCUGAAGGGCUGCGGGUGCCCACGCCGCAAUGCCGUGCGGGGAUUUGGGUGUUUGGUCUGGUCGGCUCCGAGUCUGAGGAAAAACAGAAAGAAAAUCCUCCUUGGGUUCGGUAGAAGCUGGCAGUGUGUCUCCAAAAGCGUAUUUCUGUGCUUUCUGAGCGCGUGUGAGGGAAUUUCCCUUCUGCACACAGAUGCGCGUUGUCCCGUGAUGAAGCCAGCUGUCCUUAAGGAAAGAGGAACCGGCGGCAGCCCGUGAGGCACGGCGGGGAGUUCAGCCCGAGCUGCGCGGAGCUGAGUGAUGGUUUACGUGGCAGAAAGAACAGCCACGUAACUCAGAUACACGCAGCCCUGCUCCGGGUCUGCCUGCAGAGAGGCACUGCGCCCGGAGCCGCUCUGUGGGUGCCUUCGUUGACUCGAGGCUCCGUGGGCUCGGAGCCUGCUGUCACAUCUCGUGCACCCCGCUUGCUGUGGGCUCAGCCGCCUCCAGGCUGGGUUUGGUGCCUUGUGUCCGUGCCGUGGGAUUGCUGUGCUCAGAAGUUACAGUGCUCAGAAAGCUGCUAUCGCUGUACAAAUUAUGUUUAAGAGAGGGAAAAGUGGGUUGCUAAGGAUCUCUUUCCUCACUUCGUAAAUCUGCAGAGAAAACAAGAAGUCCAGCUUUCGGUUUUGCUGGAAUUCUGUUUCUGGAUACCUGGUGAGGUGAUGCGACAGUUACAGUAAGGGCUGGGCAGGUUCAGGAGUGCUGUCCGUGUGAGGAAAAGGAAAAGAAAACAGCAGCAGGGAGCAGAGCAGGCUUUGGUAGUGAGCACUGGGAUGACUGAUGAACGUAACCUUAAUUUGAAUGGGUGUUUUUGAAGCUUUACACGUGUUUUGAGUAAGGGCAUACUGAGAUCCUAUUAUCAAUGAAACCUCCAGCUCUGUAGCUCUGCCUGUCGUGUGUGCACACAGUCACGCUGUUAUUUUGUUCCGGAGCAGAGCUGUUUCCAUGAAAUAGUUCAUAAACUUGCAGGUCUCCAGGAUACAGCACUCAAAGCAGGGGGCAGUUUGUAGUUAAAUGACUUCUGCUUUCACACAGAUGUAAUUAAAAGGGAGCUUUCUCUCACCAGGCUUUUCUCUGGGUGUGUGUUCGUGUUUCUAACAGCUGUGGCACGUUGCAGAGGGUUAAUUCCCCCACAAACUGUGUGUGCUCAUUCCUGAUCCUGCUCCCCCACCCACUGAGCUGCUGUGGAAAUGAAGUGUGUGUGUCACUGGGUGCUUUGUGCAGCACAGCUGUGGUUGUAGCAAAGCAUCACAAAGUAUAGGGCCAUAGCUAGAUUGCUUAACAGAGCUGGUGAGGAGAGUACAUAUGUUGGCAUUUCUAUCUUCUAUCUAGCCUACAUUUGCUUUAUGAAAUGCAUGGCUGGCUUGGGCUCCCUCAGCCCUGCAUUCACAAGGGAAGUCACACAGCUAGGUUGCACUUUGGCCGCCUGCUCGUGUGCUGAUGUUUCAUGAUACAAGUAUAUUUGGGUACUCCAAAAACUCUGCUGCUGCUUGUGCUGUUCUGUAGAUGCUGAGGGCCACGUGGCAUUAACACUUUGAUUCUCCUGGACAAUCUCAAGUCCACCUGGAGAAGUGGUGCUUCUCCCUGGGCUCCCAGGCUGUGCAAUCUCAUGUCCUCGAGCUUUGUAUCAUGCCCAGUGUGCUCACACUUGUGACCCCCACAGCCACCAACCAGAUCCCUCUCAUCUGCAGGGUCUGGGGCUCUCAGCAGAUAACACGGUGAGGCAUUGCAGGAGGGCUGUCAGUGGCUCCAGGGCAGGCACUGUGCCAUGCAGAAGCUGCCAUGCUCUUAUAGACAUGGGUUUGAGUUCCUCCAGGCUGGGGAGGAAGCUUUAACCACGCUUCCCCAUUCUACAAGCACUGGGCUACUCUGUAGAGAUAAUGCCUGUUUUCUCCCAGCUGCCUUACACAAGGAACAGAAUAAACCACUGUGAUGUUUCAGUCUAGAGUGGGGUAUUGGGCAAUUUUGCCACUUAGUCCAGUGCUUCUGAGAUGGGUUUUUGGGGACGCUCCUCUCUCUGCUGCUUAUGAAUUGCACUGUUUUUUUAAUUGGGGAUUGCAGCUUGUAGCAUUGUGUCCUUGUGCAGAUGAGGAAUUGGAAGGGGGGUGUGCUUCUAGCCCAAGAGAGCAGGUUUGCAUGCUUGAAUUGCAGCUGGUUGUGCCUUUCUCCACUGCUGUCAGAAGCAGGAUGCUGCACAGUCACUUCUUCCUCCAGACCUCCAGGCCACAUCUGAUUCAUUAGAGAAAAGUCUCUUUCCUCUUGCUAGUAUCUGUCAUCAUUCAGGCAGACGUGCUCCUCGCAUUGCCUGCUUUCUGUUGCCCUAAUGGAGAAAUCAUUAACAUGGCAUGCUAAAAUCCACUUUUGAUAAGGAUGAAGGAUCAGAUUCACUUUUGAUCAGUUACAAAUUCAUGGAAGCAAUUAAAGCUCAGCCUGUCAGGUUGUGAGCAUCAAAAGCUUUCGAUGACUGUAAACCUCUAAAUAAAGGCAGCGUUGCUUUCAGUAUAAGAAAAUCCUUCGUUUAGAUGAUGAAACCCCUUAAUGACAAAGAACUGAAGGCAGUGCUGAAGAAACAGCAGCUGCCAAGCACCGAUUCUUAUGAGAUGAGGUUUUAAAUCCCCGGGGAGCAGGAAUGCAGGGGGCUCAGCCCCCCCAGCUGCCCAGGCGUGCACGGAGGAACCCCGAACCUCCCACGCCCCGAGAGCUGAGCACGGCAAGCAGGCGUGGGGCCAGGGCUUCCUCAUUAGGCGGCGGUGUGGGGUGACGGGCUGCUUCCAAUUGCAAGGCAGGGAGCACAUGACAUAAGAUGCUCCAGAUCUGCCUCAUGGGCGCUAGUUUAAAAAUAAAGGGUAUUUUGCAUCCGUGCUGGUUCAGAGAGGCUGCGGGAGGAGAGGCUGCACAAAGGAGCAGACGAUGCGUUGUAAGGCCGAGCCGGAGCACUGCGGGACAAUGCUGUGUGAGGCAGAGGCACGUUCAACACUUGCAGAUCCAGUCCCCAUGGCUUAUCUCAGUGUGGAUGCUCAAGGGAGCAGUGAGGUGUCACUGGAUGAUAUCGCCAUCAGCUCCUCGGCUAGAGCUGUUGAGGUCUGCAGCAUGGAGCCAGCUCAAGAUCCCAAGACAAAGAGAUCUCAGAUGAACAAGAUUGGCUUAACAUCCCCUUUACCUCCUGCCUCCAGCAUGUGGACAACAGAACGAGAUGGAGAAGUGAAACUGAGGAUGGAUGAGGAGGGCAUAGGCAGCAGGACACCAAAGACUGUUCAUGACCUGUUCCAAGAAGCUGUUAGCAAAUACAGUGAUUAUUACGCUCUUGCAUUCAAGAAGAAUGGCCAGUGGGUAAAACUCACGUAUAAGAUGUACUAUGACAAGUGCUGGAAAGCAGCCAAAAGCUUUCUGAAGCUGGGACUGGAGCGUUUCCAUGGAGUGUGCAUCUUGGGAUUUAAUUCCCCAGAGUGGUUCAUUGCUGACAUUGGAGCCAUCUUUGCAGGUGGACUCGGUGUCGGGAUCUACACUACGAACUCUCCUGAAGCCUGUCAUUAUGUAGCAGAGAACUGUAGUGCCAACAUCCUGGUUGUGGAAAACCACACACAGCUGCAGAAAAUCUUAGAAGUUGAGCAUAAACUACCUCACAUGAAAGCUAUCAUCCAGUAUGGAGAAGAGAUAAAAGAGAAGAGGCCAAAUCUGUAUUCUUGGAGAGAGUUCUUGGACCUCGGAGAAGAUGUUCCAGAUUCCCAGCUCCGUGAAGUCAUUGAGUCACAGAAGCCUAACCAGUGCUGUACCUUAAUUUACACCUCAGGGACAACUGGGCAGCCAAAGGGAGUAAUGCUCAGUCACGACAAUCUGACGUGGACACCGAUAGCAGCUGGCCAUUCCUUAAUGCUGUUGGAUGCUACUAAAAAGCAAGAGCUGGUGGUCAGCUAUCUUCCUCUCAGUCACAUUGCUGCACAGAUGAUGGAUAUUUGGCUAUCCAUAACGUUUGGAGGACAGGUUUUCUUUGCUCAGCCAGAUGCAUUAAAGGGCACCCUGGUAGACACCCUGCGUGAGGUGAGGCCAACUGCCUUCUUAGGAGUUCCUCGGGGUGUGGGAAAAAAUAGAGGAAAAAUGAAAUCAAUCGGUGCAAAAUCAUCGACGCUGCGAAGAAAAGUGGCAUCGUGGGCCAAGGGGGUCGGGCUGCAGACAAACCUGAAGUGGAUGAAUGGGUAUUCUGAGGUCCCGGUGAACUUCCGCCUGGCCAGGCACUUGGUGUACAAGAAGGUUCGGAAGGCCAUCGGGCUGGAUCGGUGCACCAAGUGCUUCACAGGAGCUGCUCCCAUUAGCAGAGAGACUCUGGAGUUUUUCUUAAGUCUGAACAUCCCCGUGUUUGAGCUGUAUGGCAUGAGUGAGAGCUCAGGGCCUCACACGGUCUCCAUAACUCAAGCGUUCAGGCUUACCAGCUGUGGGAAGGGAAUGGCAGGCUGUCGGACUCUGAUCCAUAAACCAGAUGCAGAUGGCAUUGGGGAGAUCUGCUUUGCAGGAAGGCACAUCUUUAUGGGCUAUUUGAACAUGGAGGAGAAAACCAAAGAGGCAAUUGAUGAAGAUGGCUGGCUGCAUUCAGGAGAUCUUGGCAAGUGUGAUAAAGAUGGAUUCAUUUACAUCACUGGCAGAAUUAAAGAGCUCAUCAUCACGGCAGGAGGUGAGAAUGUUCCUCCUGUUCCAAUUGAGGAUGCUGUAAAAGAGGCCUGUCCCAUCAUUAGCAACGCCAUGUUGGUUGGAGACAAAGCAAAAUUCCUUGCCAUGCUUCUGACACUCAAGUGCACUGUAAAUAUGGAAAGUGGGGAGCCGGAAGAUGACCUCACUGCAGAAACUAUUGAAUAUUGUCAAAAACUGGGCAGCAAGGCUACUAAAGCCUCUGAAAUCAUAAGCAGCAAAGACAAGGUCAUCUAUGCAGCCAUCCAGGCAGCAGUUUCAGAAGUCAACAAGAGAGCUGUCUCAAAUGCUCAGAAAAUCCAGAAGUGGAUCAUUCUGGAGAAGGACUUUUCUGUUGGUGGUGGAGAGCUGGGCCCAACAAUGAAACUGAAGAGACCAGCAGUGGCACAGAAAUACAAAGAGCUGAUUGAUGAGUUCUAUGUGGAUGCAAACACGCCGACGCCAUCAGAGAGCGCACUGCGGCAGUGACGUGGCGUGGUAGGAAACUUCCCCUGGUGCACAGCAUUCUGUCAGCCUGGGCUCCCUGCAACGGAUUCAGAGGGUUCUGCAGAAAUAAAUGACACUCAGCAACCGUGCAGCUUUCCUGAGGUGCUUAGCUGUACAUUUAUGGGCCCUAUUACUGCAAUGUGCUCACACCCCGUUGUUGCUGUGUCUCUGAUUUGUGUUUUUUACUUUUUUUUUUAAUUAAGGGCAAUGCAUUUACUGUGUCAAUUCAUAGUGUGUGGUGUGUCUUUACCAAAGUUUUCUUUUCCCAAGCUGAAUGUAAAACAAUCAGGAUCUGCCCUUUUCCUGCUGUGUAGGGAAGGCAGAGCUCCUUUUAGAGCAGUCUGUUCUGUUUUCCUCAAUGCAUGUUUAAUUGCAUGCUGAUGACAUGGGAAUUAUUUUAUAUCGCUUUAUCCACAAACCAUUGUCUGCUAAGUAAGGCCAAUGCUGUGGGACUGCACACCCUGGCAAACCUGUGUGGAACCUGGAGUUCACUGGGUGGGUUUGUGCAAUACUUGGAGUCUGCUUCAGCUUCUUGAGUUAUAAGGAAAGCAUAAAUUAUAUUGUUUAAGUAGUAGAUGUGGACUAGAUUGUUUUAAGAGGCUGUGUGUAACCUCUGUCUGUAGUCUCACAACCAUAGAAAUGUUAUUUAGGUGGCAGCCGGGGCUGUGUUGGCUGAUGUACAUAGAAGUUUAGAGGAGACAGCACAGGGAACAGCAGCUCCUGAGCUCCUCUGGUUCUGUGAGGCUCGUUCCUGUCUGUCCCUGCCUGGAGGGCCUUCAAAUCCCUCAGCAAAUGAAGGACUGCUUGUAAAGUGGCUUAUUUCAAACUGGAAAUGUUUGAUCUGAAAAGAAAGUGGAAGAAGUUGUGUGCUGGUCCUGACUCGUUUCCCUGGACAAAACAGGAGCACCCAGAGCUGCUGGGUGCUUUGAGUGGAAGUGGCAGACAGGGAAAAAGCAACAACCCCAUUAAAUAUUGCAGAGCUCCAGCAAACCCCUGCCUGCACGUUCUUGGUUCUGUACGUGUAGUUCUGGUUCACAUCAAAUCCUGCAGUGGUGAGAGCGCUUGCAGUACUCAGAACUGGGAACCUCAGGGAAGGUUUCAUGUUAAAGAUUGUAUUUAAUUUGGGCUCAGCACCACAGCGAGCAGCUCAGUGAGGUGCCCAAAGUCCUGCAUGGAGUGUGGUUCUGCACUAUGGGAACAGCUGCUCCUCUUGUGCAACCGUUUCUCAGUUGUGUGAGUUGGAAACGUCUCCGCUUUCAGAGCAAUGCCUAAUAAACGCCUUGUGCUUUGUGUCUUCA